UUUCCAGCUUGCUCCCUUUAACAAGUUUUCCUUAAAAAAAAAUCAGGUACCUUGGAUCGAAAUGUCCACGAAACAAGCGGUGAUUGAAUUACUUAAACAAGCUGAUGCAGUUUGUUUCGAUGUUGAUUCAACGGUAUGUACAGGGGAAGGUAUUGACGAUUUGGCAUUUCGUUGUGGUAAGGAAGACCAAGUCAAAGAAAUGACAUGCAAAGCUAUGUGUGGGAAUUUGGAUUUUCGGGAAUCCCUUAAACUGAGGCUUAACAUUAUUCAACCUCAUCAUCAUCUUGUAAGGAACCUAGCAGAGGAACAACCACUUAAAAUAACUCCGCAUGUGCAGAAUCUGAUAAAUACCCUACAUUUUCUUAAUAAAAAGGCAUAUUUAGUAUCUGGUGGCUUUGAAACUUUAAUAUUUCCAGUUGCACAUGAACUUGGAAUUCCAAAGGAAAAUGUUUAUGCCAAUAGGCUUAAAUUUUAUUAUGAUGGAAGUUAUGCUGGGUUUGAUGAAGAUCAACCAACUUCCAAGUCAGGAGGGAAAAACAUUGUCAUUCAAACAAUUAGGGAAAAAUUUGACCAUUCAAUUAUCAUCAUGAUUGGUGAUGGAGUAACAGACAUGGAAGCUUGCCCACCAGCUGAUGCUUUUAUAGGAUUUGGAGGUAAUGUCGUACGCGAAGUUGUCAAAGCCAAUACAUCGUGGUUCGUUACGGAUUUCCAAGAUUUGAUAAAAGUCCUCGUGUGAUCUACAUUGCAAAAGUUUAAGCCGUAAAAGAAACGCGCAAAUUUUCCCAGGGACUAUACUUUAAAAGUACGAGCUUGCUAAGUUACUGCAAUACACUUUUUGGUGCUA